AGUAUGUACUUGCAUCCGGGCCUAUUCAUCAUAUCAUUCAAUUCAUGCUAUAUAUAUUUAUUACUUGGCAUAUGCCAUAAUAAUAACACACAAGUACGUUUCAAAACUUAACCCCCGUACUUAAGUUAAUCAUCCAUCAAUCACCACCACCACCACCGACAAUGGUCUUUGCGGGGACGGAGAUGGUUCUGAUUCCCCAACUUCUAUUAGUCACAUGUCUCUACAUGUUUUUCCUGAACACUUCCUACAGAAUCGUCUCAACUUAUUGGUUAACUCCAAGACGCAUCAAGAAAACCAUGGAGGAACAAGGGGUGUUCGGCCCCAAACCCCGGUUCCUCGUCGGAAACAUCCUCGACACCGCCGCUAUGCUCGCCAAGUCAUCAGCCCAUGAUAUGCACUCCAUCCACCAUGACGUCGUCCCCCGCCUUUUGCCCCAUUUCAUUGCCUGGUCCAAACAAUACGGGAAAAGAUUCAUAUACUGGAACGGGAUUGAGCCAAGGAUGUGUUUGACUGAAAUAGAUUUGAUAAAAGAACUUCUUACAAAGCACAACGCGGUUUCGGGAAAAUCAUGGUUACAACAACAAGGAUCCAAACAUUUCAUAGGCCGCGGCCUUUUGAUGGCUAACGGCAACGACUGGCACCACCAGCGUCAUAUUGUCGCGCCAGCCUUCAUGGGAGACAAGCUCAAGAGUUAUGUGGGAAACAUGGUGGAAUGCACUGACAAAAUGAUCCAAUCCCUCGAAAAGGCGGUGCAAUUUGGGCAGCCGGAAAUCGAGAUCGGCGGCCACAUGGCCGCCCUCACCGCCGAUAUCAUUUCACAGACGGAGUUCGGCAAUAACUGCGAAAAGGGGAAACAGAUUUUCCAUCUCUUGACCGAUCUUCAGCAUCGUUGUGCACAAGCUAGCCGCUAUUUGUGUUUCCCCGGCAGCCGGUUUUUUCCAAGUAAAUAUAACCGAGACAUAAAAUUGCUAAAAUUAGAGGUGGAGAGACUGCUAAUGGAUAUAAUACAGAGCAGAAAGGAUUGCGUGGAGAUAGGUCGAAGUAGCUCGUAUGGAAAUGACUUGCUAGGGAUGUUAUUAACGGAGAUGAAGAAGAAGAAAUGUGAGGAUUUAGGGUUCAAUUUAAAUAUGCAGUUGAUCAUGGAUGAGUGCAAGACUUUCUUCUUUGCUGGUCAUGAGACCACUGCCUUGUUACUCACAUGGACCAUAAUGCUCCUGGCCACAAACCCUUCUUGGCAAGAAAAAGUCAGGUCCGAGGUUAGACAUGUCUGUAAAACCGACAAACACCCGCCCUCGGCCGACCACCUCUCCAAGCUCACCGUGUUGAACAUGGUGAUCAAUGAAUCAUUAAGACUAUAUCCACCAGCAACUAUUCUUCCAAGAAUGGCAUUUGAAGACUUCAAGCUUGGUGAUCUUCACAUCCCAAAGGGUCUCUCAAUAUGGGUCCCAGUGCUAGCCAUUCAUCACAGUGAAGAAAUUUGGGGAAAAGAUGUGAAUGAGUUCAAUCCUGAGCGUUUUGCAACCAAGUCCUUCUCCGGGCCGGGUCGGAGUUUCAUGCCGUUCGCCGCGGGCCCCCGGAACUGCGUGGGCCAAUCUUUUGCCCUCAUGGAAGCCAAGAUCAUCUUAGCUAUGCUUAUAUCCAAGUUCAGCUUUGAUAUUUCCGAGAGUUACCGCCACGCGCCAGUGGUUGUCCUCACUAUAAAGCCCAAGUAUGGGGUGCAAGUCAUUUUGAAGCCUUUGAAAGAUGCAUAAAAGAGCUACUUGCUUUUUAAAAAAUGCUAAUUUUUGUUGAAUUUUGGCUUGCAGCAAUGAGAUAUAGAUCGAGGUUCUCUUGAAUAGAACUUAUCAGUAACUAUAUAUUGUCAUCCGCGGAGGAUUUUUGUAUACUUUCAACUUUUGUUGGAAAUUUUGAGUAGUAAACUUUUGAAUCCACGGAGGAUUUUUGUAUACUUCCAACUUUUGUUGGAAAUUUUGAGUAGUAAACUUUUGGGUGAAUUUUUGUUUUCUUCAAACUUAUGUUUCAGCAAAUCACUU